ACGGAACUCCGGGAGCACGGAAUCCCGGAGCGCAGACCCCCAGAGCGCCCCGGAGCCUGGCGUUACCCUCUGUCUUUGGGCCGAAGCAGCUUCCUCUAGGCCCCGCCCCUUCCCCGCCCCGCGGAAGUACCGGGUGGAAUCCCCUCUCGCAGAUUGGCCUUCUCGUUUGGGGUGGGGCCACCGGCGAGGCGGGGUGCGUACUUCCGGCUGCCGGCUUGACAUGCAGAAGUGGUGGCUGGGGCGGCGGUGCUGGCGGAGACGGCGGGCAUCGGGGCGCUAAGCGACGCGGCCUAGCGCGGCGGACCGCGGAGGGGACGCGGCAGCCGGCCGGCCAGCCAUGGAGAUGGAGAAGGAGUUCGAGCAGAUCGACAAGGCCGGGAACUGGGCGGCCAUUUACCAGGACAUUCGACAUGAAGCCAGUGACUUCCCAUGCAGAGUGGCAAAGCUUCCUAAGAACAAAAACCGAAACAGGUACCGAGACGUCAGUCCCUUUGACCACAGUCGGAUUAAACUACACCAGGAAGAGAAUGACUACAUCAAUGCCAGUUUGAUAAAGAUGGAGGAAGCCCAGAGAAGCUACAUUCUCACCCAGGGACCCUUGCCUAACACAUGUGGGCACUUCUGGGAGAUGGUGUGGGAGCAGAAGAGCAGGGGCGUGGUCAUGCUCAACCGAGUCAUGGAGAAAGGGUCGUUAAAAUGUGCCCAGUAUUGGCCACAAAAAGAAGAAAAAGAGAUGAUCUUUGAUGACACAAAUUUGAAGUUGACAUUGAUCUCUGAAGACAUCAAAUCGUAUUAUACAGUACGACAGUUGGAGUUGGAAAACCUGGCUACUCGGGAAGCCCGGGAGAUCCUGCAUUUCCACUAUACCACGUGGCCUGACUUUGGAGUCCCGGAAUCACCAGCCUCGUUCCUGAACUUCCUGUUCAAAGUUCGAGAGUCAGGCUCACUUAGCCCGGAGCAUGGCCCCAUCGUGGUGCACUGCAGUGCGGGCAUCGGCAGGUCGGGGACCUUCUGUCUGGCUGACACCUGCCUUUUGCUGAUGGACAAGAGGAAAGACCCUUCUUCUGUGGAUAUCAAGAAAGUGCUGCUGGAGAUGCGCAAGUUCCGCAUGGGGCUGAUCCAGACAGCCGACCAACUGCGCUUCUCCUACCUGGCUGUGAUCGAAGGCGCCAAGUUCAUCAUGGGUGACUCCUCCGUGCAGGAUCAGUGGAAGGAGCUUUCCCACGAAGACCUGGAGCCCCCACCUGAACAUGUGCCCCCACCUCCUCGACCACCCAAACGUAUCCUGGAGCCUCACAAUGGGAAAUGCAAGGAGUUCUUCUCCAACCACCAGUGGGUGAGGGAAGAGACCUGUGAGGAUGAAGACGGCCUGGCCAGAGAAGAAAACAGAGCCCCCUUAGGUGCCCUCUGCAGCGUGGACAGUAUGAGUCAAGACACUGAAGUUAGGAAACGAGUAGUGCGUGGAGGUCUGCGAGGCGCCCAGGCAGCAGUCCCCACCGAGGGAGAGCCAGCCCCACCCGGGGAAGAGGAGAACUCGGUGCACACGUCAGCGCACUGGAAGCCCUUCCUGGUAAACGUGUGCAUGGCCACGGUGCUGGCCACUGGCGCAUACCUCUGCUACCGGAUGUGUUUUCACUGACGGACGUGUUGGCGAGGCGCGCCAGAGGCACUGCCGCGGCCCUGUUACCAUUCGGUCUGCGUUAGGAUUCGGUCUGCAGAGCGUCUGAGCCCAUCUCAGAGGAGCAGCUCACCAGCCCACAGUGGAACUGAAGGGCUGACCAGAGGAUGCAGCAUCCGCUGUGGUUUGAAGGAGCCCUGUGGUCCCAAGAGUACAGGCGUCUAAUCUCAGGGCCUUAACUGUUCAGGAGAAGUAGAGAAAAUGCCAAAUAUGCCGUGCGCUCUCUCACCUCUCUCCCUUUCUUUCUCUGGUUUGUUUGUUUUUGAAAAAAAUAGAAUUACAACACAUUGUUGUUUUUAACCUUUAUACAACAGGUUUUUGUUAUUUCUGGAAAAAAUGAUGCUAGGCACUUAGGAAAUACUCUUGUACCCUGAGUGGUAUAAUCAGAUUCACAAUUUACAUUGAUUUCCCAGGGAAAGAAUCCCAAAUUGUCAGAACAUAAAUGUUCUUGCUUUUGGGGCAGCCUGAGUCUGGAUGCCAGGAGCCUGGUGUUGCCCAGGAGCUGCCCUGUUGUGAGGAGAGAAACUGCACAGGCCGGCUCUGCUUGCUCAGGCUGUCCCUGCUGCUUUUCAGUGGCAUCUCCACCAGUCCUCCUGUGCUGGCUGCCUUCUCAUGCACGGCCUUCACCAUCCCAUCUCUGUAAAGGGGUUUCCUUGAGGACCCUGUCUCAGGGUCAGGGUCACCACCAGGUGGCUGCCAGCAUUCCUCCCGGCAGUUUCCACUUCAUUUGGAAAGUAAGUGCCACAGCAAGAGAAUGGAACCCCGGGAGACCGAGGGUGGGACUGAGAAGGGGAGGGAGGAGCCUUGGCACCGUGGAAGCCUCCUCGCAGGGCUUCUCCAUCCUUUCAAACAUUCAACCAUCCACCAUCUCUAAUGCAUCAGAUUUUUCCUUAGUGGUGAUUUUUAGAGCUCUUGGCCAGUGGCUCCCUCAGAGUUGGUGUGACCAGCUCUGAGCUCAUUGGAACCAUUUGCUUUCAUUCUAAUUCCUGUUCAACAUCGGCAUACAGCCUGACCUUCAGCCCUCCCAACCCCCCAUCUGCCUACAGAGCCUGUUCCCGCCAGCAAGCAGGCUAUAGAGGCGAUGAGAGGGAAGGGCUGCCAGCCGGUGGAGAGCAAGCUGAGGAACACAUUUCUCCCUGUGCUUCAUCCUUCUGCUCCCUUCUCUCUGGUACCAAGUCCACCUCCACUUUGAGGAGAGCAAGGAAGAACAGAGGCAGAGCAGUGGCCCACGCAGGUGUGGCCCCCCAACCCACCUGAGCAUCCCAGGGGUGGCGCCCAACAUCCCCCUCCAUCCACUAUUUAUUCUUCAUGUUUUCCCCCAAAGGCACUGCACUGCAUGAGCGUUUCCUUAAAUCAAUAUAUAAGCUGUUUUGAUGUCAGCCUGGCACCCAGGGCUCCAAGUAUAAUAACAAAUCAGUUCUUGGGCUGAGUUGGGAGCACAGGGAUGCUUGACCUGGGGCUGGGGGCAGGAGUUUCGGGUAUUGGAAGUGAUCUGCAGAACAUGGAGCAGUAGUGUGUAAGGGACCGUGGCUAUUUAUGAAGCCCGGUGGUGUGCAAGAGCCAGGGCCCAGCCUCUCCCCAUCUACUAGAACCUGAUCCCAGCACCUGCUUUUCCUAGAAAACAUGCGAGGUCUCCUGUCUGGGCUCAGUGCCAUGUGUUUGAUAUGAGAAACUUAGAUGCCCACUCACUGGACGGCCCCUGUCCAGCUGUCUCUGCAUCAUCUGACCAGACAUGGCUGUUGCAGUGACCACCACUCCUCGCCAGAACAGUGCUGCCUUCCAGUGACAGAUACUGGCAUCAUUCCUGGUGGGACAUUCUUGUGACUUCCUGGCCUGGCCUGGCCUGGCACAGCCGGGCCCUUCUGUAUCAGACAUUCCAAGGGUAUGGCCAACCACAUUGACACCUCAUGCCCUGGACAUUAGGCAAGCAGGGUUCCCCCUGGGAUCAGCCUUCUCCAUUUCCAGUCCAUGCUCCUCUGGAGCAGGCCAGGGUUAGAAGUAAGGCAGCUGUGGGAAACACCCUCCUGGACAUAGCCUGGGUGACAGUCCUCAGUCAGCCUGCUGCCAUUGCUGGCCCAGGUCACCUUGCCCAGAGGUGUGCCACUCUUGAGCCCCAUGGGACUGACGGUGCUCAUGACUUCCUGCAAGGGAACUUAAGGCCUUCACACCGAGUGGCUGUCAAAUAAGAAGUGAUGGCAGCUGAUGCUUCAAGCUGCCUCUUGCCAGCAUUUCACAUUUUGCCUUUCACCCAGAGAAGCCAGCGUAGAGCCACUCUGGCAAGGACUGUGGCAGGGACCAUGGCAGCCGAGCCCAGGGAGGCAUGGCACAGCCAGGGUCCAGGCUGGGAGCAGUUGGUGAUGGGCUUGUGUCUGUAGUAGUGGGAGUGUACAGCAGCCUUCUAGACAAAUGUCCGGUUAGCCCCAUGUCCUCGGGGAGCAGAUGGCUCUGGGCCCCAUCACCUGUGUUGGAGAGGUAGCAAGCUGCUCUGCUGUAUGCCUUAAGCCAAUAUUUACUCAGCAGGUCAUUUUUUUUUUUUUACAAUGGCCAUGGAAUAAACCAUUUUUACAAUAAUAAAAUUGAACAACAACAAAA